UAUUUAAACUCAGUCUCCCAUCCUUCUCACACAGUCUCACUCCCAUAUACUCAAUACUUUCUUUCUCUAUCUACCGAUCCCUUCCUCCAUCACAAGAACAGAGUCCCCCUCUGCACACAACAUCAUCGUCAUCGUAUUCACAAUCAUCAAACCCUUUGUUACGAUCAAUCUUCCCAACUUCGUUUCCAACAUGUUGGAAUCCAACACAGAGUACAAUGAUACGGAAAAGCAGACAGAAGGGUUUGGCACACGUUCCACAAUGUGGGACUUCAUUCGAGAAGCCAAAUCUCUGUGGGAGGUCGCAUUUCCGACAGCUCUCACUGCUCUCAUUUUCUACGCGCGUUCCAUGGUCUCCAUGUUGUUCCUCGGACACCUAGGAGACACCGAACUCGCGGCAGGUUCUUUGGCCAUAGCCUUCGCCAACAUCACCGGUUACUCGGUUCUCUCCGGACUCUCCCUAGGGAUGGAACCCCUAUGCUCCCAAGCCUUCGGAGCAAAGCGUCCCAAGCUUCUCUCUCUCACGCUCCAACGCUGCGUUCUCUUCUUGAUAUGUUGCUCAAUCCCCAUUUCACUCUUGUGGCUCAACAUGUCCAAAAUCUUCCUCCUACUACACCAAGACAUCGAAAUCACAAAAAUGGCGCAAAACUACCUCGUAUUCCUCCUCCCCGACCUCGUCACCAACUCCUUCCUCCACCCAAUCAGAGUCUACCUUCGAGCGCAGAACGUCACCCAACCGGUCACGUUAGCUUCCCUCGCCGGCACGCUCCUGCACGUCGCCUUCAACUUCGCUCUCGUGAGACGCGGGGUGGCCGGAGUCGCCGCCGCCUCCGCCGCCUCCAGCUUUUCGAUUCUGGGACUGUUGCUCCUCUAUGUGUGGAUAAGUGGGGUCCACCUAGACACGUGGAGUGCGCCGAGCCGUGAGUGUUUCACAGGCUGGGAGCCGCUGCUUCGGCUGGCUGCACCGAGCUGCGUGUCCGUUUGUUUGGAGUGGUGGUGGUAUGAGAUCAUGAUCUUGUUAUGCGGACUCCUUGUGGAGCCCACUGCCAGCGUGGCCGCCAUGGGGAUUUUAAUCCAAACGACGUCGUUGAUUUACGUCUUUCCUUCGUCGUUGGGGUUGGCAGUGUCAACGCGCGUGGGGAACGAGCUUGGCGCGAACCGGGCUCCACGCGCCAGGAUGUCGGCUGUGGUGGCGGUGUUUUUCGCCGCUGUGAUGGGUUUUUCGGCGGUGAUCUUCGCCUCAUCGAUGAGGCGGCAGUGGGGGAGGAUGUUCACUUUGGACGAGGGGAUUCUGCAGCUGACGGCCGCGGCGCUGCCUAUUUUGGGACUGUGCGAGCUUGGAAACUGCCCGCAAACGGUGGGGUGCGGGGUGGUGCGGGGGACGGCGCGGCCGAGCGUGGCGGCGAACGUGAACCUCGGCGCCUUUUAUCUGGUGGGGAUGCCCGUGGCCGUUGGGCUUGCGUUCUGGCUAGAGGUUGGGUUCUGUGGGCUCUGGCUGGGCCUGUUGUCGGCCCAGGUUUGUUGUGCGGGCCUGAUGUUGUAUACGAUUGGGACCACCGAUUGGGAGUACCAGGCCUGCCGGGCCCAGCUGUUGACUGCCGUAGAUGACUCCGCGAACGGAUCGGACGGGCAGAAAGAACCGUUGAUUGGCGUGGUGGACACUUGAUAAUGAUGAUGAAUGUUGAUUGACGGUGUAAUAUUCUUUUCUUUUUCUAAUUUUUAUAUUAUUAGACGAAUUUGUGAGAUAGAAUUGUUAUUUUUUACACCGCUGAUUUUUUAUUCCAGUGGGAACUGGGUAUUAUUUAAUUAAGGAUAAAUGAGAUGAUGAUUAUUCUGUCUUUUUC